AUGUCGGACUCCAAAGAGAACAUCAACGCGCUCUUCGCGCCUGCGGGCGACGGUCUUUCACCUGAUAUCCUCGGCGUGCUUGAAUCGACACAGCGCCUCCACUCGAUUUCUGCUCAAGAGUUGUUCUACAAAUGGGAGUCGUACUGCUUGAAGAUGGGUCCGGAAGAGACUAGGCUCGAUCUCGAGAAUGCUCGUAUGUUUCAAAAAGACGUGCAAGAACAACUUGAACGCGGCAAUCAGGGCAAAGCGCAUACUGUCGGGUCGACUCGCAAACCCACCGUGGGAGCAACACCGCGCGCAGCCAACGGCAACGAUGUGUUUGGGAUGCUCGACGAGUUGACUCCUAACGCCGUGCGCAAGAGUGGGAGCAUCAAGAGAAAAGCCGGGGUAGAGGACACGCCGAUGCCCCGCAAGGUCAACAAGUCCACCGCCGUCAAGAGCCCACUAGAAGGAUCGUCCAUGCCUUUCAGCUCACGGCCAAACCCUGGUCAGGUACUCGAGACUCUCAACGCGCAUAUUCCUCAAGCCGAAGUACCGAUCGCACCCGCUGCUGAACCACGAGUCAAGCUGGUUGCCAAUACCGAUAUCAAGAAGUUCGGAUACAAACCGAUGUCGAUGCGGCAGUCAGAUUCAUCUGAAGUCCUUGACGAGCGAAUCGAUGCCUUUAUUCCCCUGAUAAUGAACGCCCACAACCUCGAAGAGUCGAUCUUUGGUAAUGCCGCUUCACAGUCUACCAAUGAGAUUGUGGCAGUCGGCCGCAUUGCCAGCGACACACCCGAAAACAAACUCAACACUUCUUCCAUUGUCCUGGAGAUGUCAAGACGCAUGGGUGCCGGUCUACGUGUCACUCUGGACGUCUCUGCUCUUCCCCACUACACUUUCUUCCCAGGGCAGAUCGUGGCUGUCCGCGGCACUAAUGCCUCAGGUCUGUACUUCAGCGUCAAAGAGGUGCUACCCGUUCCUCGUCUACCCAUGCCUGUUUCCGCGCCCACAGUCAUCGACACUCUCAGCGAGAAACUCUCUUCUCAACCACUGAACAUUCUCUACGCCUCCGGACCGUACACAGCGGAUGAUAACCUCCUCUUCGAGCCUCUCCAGGAGCUUUGCGAGCAAGCUGCCUCCCAAAUGGCUGACGCGCUCAUCCUCACUGGACCCUUCCUCGACACCGAGCACCCACUGCUUGCCUCCGGUGACUUUGAUCUCCCAGACGUGAAGGGUCCCGAUGCCGACCCGGCCAAUAUGGCCGCCCUCUUCCGGCUAUGGAUCUCCGCCCCACUGCAGCGCCUGGUACACGCCAACCCCAACAUCACGGUCCUCAUGACGCCGUCGACGCGAGACGCCGUGUCGAAACAUGUCUCCUUCCCGCAAGAGCAGUUUACGAACCGCAAGGAACUCGCCUUGCCGAAGCAGGUCAAGCUGCUACCCAACCCGUGCUUCGUCAGCCUGAAUGAAGUGGUGUUUGCAAUCAGCGCCCAAGAUGUGCUGUUCGAUCUCAGCCGGGAGCAAGUCAGUCACGGCGAGAAGGGUGAGUUGAUGAGUCGCCUUCCCGGCAUGGUUAUUGAGCAACGCCACUUCUACCCGCUCUUCCCAGCUGGGAAAGGGAGGGCCAGUGUCGACGUAGGCUACAGCAGGCUGGCAGAGUGGGGGAGUGUCCGGCCGGAUGUGCUGGUGGCGGGGAGUGUGUUGACCGCUGGUGUCAAGGUUGUCGACUCGGUCAUGGUAGUGAAUCCAGGACAGCUGAGCAAGAAGAAGGCGGCGGGCACGUACGCGCAGAUGACGCUGAAUCCGCGCGAGUUGGAGGACAGUGAACGGGAAGAAGGCAAGAAUGUGCCUCACAAGGUUUAUGAGCGGGCUCGGGUGGACGUGGUGAGGAUUUGA